CUUGUCCCCAGAAGCGAGCGGCCGCGCCCCUACCAGCUGCCCGCCGUGUUCCUCCUGCCGCUGCUGCUGUACUUGUUCCUCAGCUGCGGCACCACGGCACAGCAACACAGCUACCCCGAGGAGGUCCACAGGAUGGUGAUGGAGCGCCUGCAGCAGCGGGAGCGGGGCCGAGGCGGCACCUGGGGCGAGUGGUCGGCCUGGACGCCUUGCUCCAGAUCUUGUGGCGGCGGCGUCUCCAUCCAGUCUCGCGAGUGUCUCGCUACCUCCAGGCGCAGCAGAGUCAGAACCAAACGCACCACCUCGAGUAACCACAACAGGGGCAGCAAUCGGUGUGUGGGUCUCUAUCGGAGGUUCCAGCUUUGUAACACUCAGGCGUGUGGUCCCGGGUACGUGGAUUUCCGGCGGGAGCAGUGCUCCUCCUUCAACAAGACGCCGUUUAACAGGAGGUUCUACACGUGGGAGCCUUACUAUGACACCCCAGACUCGUGUGCCCUAAACUGCCGUGCCGUGGGUCUCAGCUUCUACGCGACUCUCAACCGCACGGUCAUCGACGGGACUCACUGCGGCCUUCCUGACGCCAACCGCAUAUGUGUAGCCGGCCGCUGCCUGGCUCUGGGGUGUGACGGGGUGCUGGGCUCCGGCGUGCAGCUGGACUCGUGCGGCGUGUGUGGCGGUGACAACACCAGCUGUCGGGUCAUCGCUGGCGUGUUCUCACAUCCGAAGAUGCCGUACGGAUACAAUAUGAUCGCCACCCUGCCCCGCGGCGCCGCAAACAUCACCAUCCAGCACGUGAAGCCCUCCACCAACUACCUCGCGCUGCGUCACCCCGGCGGAGAGUUCUUCAUGAAUGGCAACUGGGCGGCCAACGUGUCGGGUUACUACCACUCAUCCGGCACCGCCUUCGCCUACCAGCGGGCGGACCCUUACGCCGGGGACAAGGUGACGGCCAUGGGACCCCUGCUGCAGCCCGUCGACGUCAUGCUGUUCUACCAGUCCCUCAACCCGGGGAUCAAGUACGAGUACCGUCUGCCCAUGGCCCACGGUGCCUCCCCGCGGCUGUCCUCGGUAGUGCCCGUCACGGCGGCGCGCCGCACAGCCGCCGAUAACCCCCUCAACCCUCUCGUGCCUGGAGGACCCGCGAGCAGGACGCCACCCUCAGGUCCAGUAAACGACGCACGAUCCUUCAACGGCAACUCCAUCCAGUCCUCGCAGUGGUGGAAGGAGCAGCAGGAGGAGGAGAAGAAGAAGAAAAAGAAAGAGAGGAGAGGGAAGAAGGGAAACAGGCGAGGGAAGAACGGCGUCAAGGCGAGGAGGAAGAAAUACGAGUGGAAGGUCGUUGGCUUCAGCAGCUGCUCGGAGACGUGUGGGGGUGGCUCCCAGACGACCCGCGUGGCGUGCGUCAAGAGGAAAAGAGGGAACGAAGUACCGACCAACUUCUGCCAAAACCUGCCCCGACCCGCGGAGGAAACCGUUCGGUGUAAUCUACGACCCUGCCCGCCAACGUGGGUGCCGGAGGAGUGGGGGCCGUGCAGCGUGACGUGCGGCCUAGGCGUGCAAACCCGCGCCCUGACCUGCCAGAUGCGGCUGUCCCCCGACCAGUACGUGGAGCAGCCCGAAGGAGCCUGCCUCUCCCCCAGCCCUAUGGCGCACGCCCGGGUGUGUGAACUGCCGGCCUGCGACGCUGCCCCGGCGUGGGUGGCGGAGGAGUGGGGGGCAUGCUCGGCGCAAUGUGGCCUGGGCACCAGGCACCGGGAGGUGACCUGUAAAACAGCACAAGGGCCCGUGGCUGACGAGCUGUGUGAGGCCAGAAACAAGCCCAGCAACCAGGAGCUGUGCGACAUGGGUUCGUGCGCCACGGACACCUGGUUCUUCUCAGCGUGGGAGGACACCUGCUCCGAGGACUGUGGCGAGGGCGUGCAGCGGCGCCGCGUCCACUGCUCCGGUGACGCCCUCGACAACCAGGUGACGGAGACCUCCUGUGACCCUGACCAACGCCCCGACACCACCAGACCCUGCACCUCCGACCGUGGCUGCGGCGGGAAGUGGUUCACAGGCCCGUGGGGUGAGUGCAACGCGCAGUGUGGCGAGGGCCGCCGCUCGCGUGCCGUGGUGUGCGUGGUGUUCAGGGGCCGCUGGCGCGUCACCACAGACUUGACACAGUGCAAAGGCCACCCACGACCUGACUCCAGUGAAGCGUGCACCCGUGCCUGCAGCCAGCAGUGGUACACGUCAGAAUGGUCGCAGUGCUCAGCCUCGUGUGCUAGUGGCGUGCAACGGCGAGAAGUGAAGUGUUUGAACGAGGAGCUGGAGCCCGCCCUGGGGUGCACAGCGGCCACCAAGCCCGACACCCGCCAGCCCUGCAACACCCAGCCCUGCCACCAGAACGAGUCCCUCACGGCGUCCUCACAGCUUGACCCAAAUGAAGCAGAACAAGCAGAUGAGAGUGUUGCCAAUGCCAGCAAAAGUGAAGCUCCCCAGCAGAGUCAAGUUUCCUCAUCUGAUGGCACUAGUGUGGACCAGCAGCCUUCAGGUAAUGUAGGUGAGGCCGGCUGGAGGCCGCCACCCGAGUCCCUGGAGACCACCAACUCAAUGGAAGCUGAAAAGAGGCUUGGCAAGGAAGAGAGCAAGGACCCGGUGCAGGAUAUUCAAACAGCGGAGAGAGAAAAAGAGAAAGAUAUCGCGGACUCUACUCACAGCCCUUCCAAGAGGAGGGAACAACAGCCCAUCAGACCUGGCAGGCCUUGGCGCCCCGGCUUGUCCACAGGGUCGUGUAUGGACCGAAUGAAGAACUGCCACCUUGUGUUCAAAGCUCGCCUGUGUCGCCUCAAGUACUACAACAAGCUGUGCUGUGAGACUUGUUCCAAGAACGAGUGAAGGUUCUGCAGCUCUGCACUCCCACCCUAAUAAACAGUGAACAAAGGAAAGGGGGCCAUGUCCUUCCUGUACACCCUUUUCAUUGAGGCCUUGAUGUGUAGUGUCAUUGACCUAUGUGAGUCACAGGAGGUCAGCGAGCCUCAGAAAAGCUCCAUGAACUACUGAACAAUGUUUCCCUUCAAGGAACUUACAUACUUAUGUUGUAAACUGUAUUCAGAAAUAUUUGGAAAAUUCAGAAAAGAUAAGCUAUUAUAUAUAUAGAUAUAUAUAUAUAUAUAUAUAUAUAUAUAUAUAUAUAUAUAUAUAUAUAUAUAUAUAUAUAUAUAUAUAUAUAUAUAUAUAUAUAUAUAUCUAUAUAUAUAUAUAUAUAUAUAUAUAUAUAUAUAUAUAUAUAUAUAUAUAUAUAUAUAUAUAUAUAUAUAUAUAUAUAUAUAAAGUGUGUGUGUGUGUGUGUGUGUGUGUGAGAGAGAGAGAGAGAGAAAGUUGAUUAAUGGUUUUCUGAAGUGCCGUGUGAUAUUUAGUAAACUACUCAGCUGCUUGUUAUUGAAGAAGCAAUUAUAUUUUUCUGAGUUCCAAUAUGAAAUAGCAGCUUUGGGUUGCUAAUAUGACCUCAUGUAAAAUAAAGCCUAACUGAACUCUUCCUGCAACCCAUGAGACUAAACGGCAAAACUGAAAAACUCUGUUUAGUCACCAGCCAAGCACGUGUAUGGCCAGCCUUGGAAGUUCUUAAUUGUAUGAAGUCUAGAAUAAGAUUUAGUCUCCACAGUGUCUUGACUCCAAAAGUCACAUGCAUGAAGGAGAAAUAGCAGCUGUACAUAGGUUUUGUUUAACAUUAAAGCACAAUAUAGAAGCACAUGUAUUAACUUUUGUAAAUAUUUUAACAGAGCAGAAUAACAUUUUGAAUGAUAGUCAGCAUUUAUAGGUUUGGAAGCACUGGGCUGUGAGUCAAAAGGAAGCACACUGCCUGCACUCACACAGCACUGCCAUUGUAAGGAGUUCACUGGUGCACUCAGUGCUAGUGAAUGAAAAAAAGUUUUGUACUAAUAAUCUCUUGGCAUUUAUCUUUGUUCAUAAUUUACACUAUAUUUGAGAGUGUGAGAGGCAGAUAAGCUUUCAGCGAACCCUCAUUGUAGUGUGAAGGGUCAGAUUUGCACAGCGCAACACUUGACAAAAAUGUAAAAAAACAGAAACUUUGUCACAACUGUGAAUUACUUACACAGCCUGAUUGUUAGGAAAAAUCACCUAGAUGAGUCCUGUGCAAAAAUUAAAAAAAAAAAAAAAAAAGUAAAUAAAAAACGGGUUGCUGAUAAAACAUUAAAUGUUAUUGUAUUAUCAUCAUCAUAUUUUUAUAACAUCCAUUAAUAACAAAAUACAUUAUGUAGAGUGGAUUGCAUGAUGAAAUAUAGCCAAGCAGGCUCUCUUCAGAGGUGUCGGAGAAUCCUCAGUGUGUUGCACAGACCAGCCAUGUCAGUGUUCAUGAACCUAAGGCCACACUGAAAGCAGGAUGAUACAGGCAUAGUUAAGAGAGAAAACUAUGAUACAACUUCAGCUUCAGGAUGGACAAUAUAUGGUCAAUAAAGGAGAAUUUGCCUUAAAGGCUCUUCCCUGUUAAGUGGUCUGUAGUAGGUAGCAGGUGUUUGUAUAUAUCAUAUUAUAAAGGUAAGCAGGGCUUUCGUAGGGAGUAUUUUUUUCCAUCAGUGGGAGAAAUUAAGUUCCUAAAUAAAUAGUAUUAGGUUGAGUAUUUGCAAGAAGUAAAUAAAAUUAUUAAGUCAUUCAUCGGACAGAAAAAGUAAGGUGUCUUUUGUAGCAGGAACCUUAAGACAAGUACAGAACUUUAUGUUUUGAAUUGAUUUGCUAAUUGAUCAUAAAGUUGUUUCCCAUAUGAAAAUAAUAAUAAAUUAAUAUUCAAAAUCUGCCCAAGUCAGCCCAGGCUGGAGCUGACAACCUGUGCCCCUCAGGAAAGCCUAAAUAGUAUCAUUGAUGCCCAUAAAAAUAUCAAACCAGAUUUUUCCCAUGAAGAGGAUGACAGCUAUGGUCAUCUUCCAUUAUUGUGUACAAAAAUAACCCUUCAAGGGAGAGGGAGAGGAAGGAUAGAUUCUUGCAUGCCAGACAUGAUCUCUAAACUGUUUUUGGAUAACCUACCUGUAUAACUGCACUGACUUUCAUCAUAAUUAUUUUGGUGUAUACCUUAUACUCAGCAGGAAAAGCCAUGUGUACGGCUUUUCAGGCAGAUUUAAGCAGAUGUUAAGUCAUUCUCUUCAACUUCAGUGUCUGCAUGCUGAUGAAUUUCUAUUGGCAACUUUGCUUAUGCUUUCCCCUGAUUCACUAUUAUCUAAAUUAGUUGUAAUCCAAGACAGAUUUGAUGGAUGGUAUGUUUGUGAUCUACAGCCCUCAAUGACACUGGAACAUGAUCAGGUGUGGACAAAACUAUACAGCAAGUCGUGGAACUCCUCAGUCAUGGUGUACCGCCACCCCCAUACUCUGACCACUUGGGCAUUGCCUUCCCAGGAAGUUUUGUAAUUAUGACUAUGAAGUGUAACAAUGUAAUGUUAUGAAUUAAAGAAGUUAAUCUGC